ACAAAGCGUGGCGUCGCUUGGCGCUGUAAAUUUGAAGGUAACGAACUAAAAAGAGAGAUCGAUUUCCGCAACAAAACAAGCUGUAAACAAAUCUAAAAUAGAAUUAGUGGAAAAGAAAAAUUUAAAUCAUGAAGGCAGUACCCAGGACACCCAUGCGUGUCGUCCCGAAAACUCCGCGAGUUCAACAAACAACAGAAAAACAGCGCCAAAACACAUCGGAAAAGGCCAGAGAUCCUGUCAAUGUGUUCUGUAGGGUCCGCCCCCUUCAAUCUGAUGGAGAUCUCGCUUCUCUGAGGGUCAAGAACGCCACAACGAUCGCUCUGAACCCACAGGAUCAGCUGCUGCAACACCACAAGCCACAUAAUGGCGCCCAGCGCGAGAUUCAGUACAUCUUCAAGCACGUAUUUCAGCCUGAAGCCACACAGCAGGAAGUCUACGGAUCGGUGGCCCAACCAUUAGUUGAGAAUCUAUUAAAGGGCCGGAAUAGUCUGCUCUUCACCUACGGUGUGACUGGUAGUGGCAAAACAUAUACAAUGACCGGAAAUCUAAGACACCGUGGCAUUAUGCCACGCUGUCUGGACGUACUUUUCCGCACCAUCUCCGAUUACCAGGCCAAAAAGUUCGUGUUCAAGCCAGACAAGCUUAAUGGCUUUGAGAUCCUGUCCGAAGAGGAUGCUUUACUGGAACGGCAGCACGAGAUGAACCAACGCUUUGCAGGCGCAGGGCGAUUUGCCUUCAGGCACAAGGACUCUGAUCCAGAAAUUGCAUCUCAGGCUUCCGUAGAGCCUAUACCGCUGUUGGGCUUAGAUGAGGAUAACAUGUUCUCGGUGUUUGUCACCUACAUCGAAAUUUAUAACAAUAGCGUUUACGAUUUGCUGGAAGAUUCGGGUAUACAGAAGACUUUGCAGAGCAAAAUCAUUCGUGAGGACGCCAAUCGUCACAUGUUCGUCCAUGGCGUUACUGAAGUGGAGGUCAAGACUGUAGAGGAGGCUCUCGAGGUUUUCCAAAUGGGUCAAAAGCGCAAACGCAUGGGACACACAGUUCUCAAUGCAGAAUCCAGUCGAAGUCACUCGGUUUUUAAUAUCCGCUUGGUCCAAGCGCCCACAGAUAGCCAGGGUGAAAAUGUAGUUCAGGACAGGCAGAACAUUACGGUCAGUCAGUUGUCCCUGGUGGAUUUGGCAGGCAGUGAGCGCUCCUCGCGCACCAAAAACACAGGAGUGCGUCUACGCGAGGCGGGCAAUAUCAACAAUUCACUAAUGACGCUGCGUACUUGUUUGGAAUAUCUGCGUGAAAAUCAGAUGGCGUCAGGUAAUGGGUUGGCGCCGAAAAAGAUUCCCUACAGAGAUUCCAAGAUCACUCACAUGUUCAAAAACUACUUUGAUGGCGAAGGACAGGUGUCAAUGAUAGUGUGCAUUAACCCAAGGAUUGAGGACUAUGACGAGAACAUGCAAGUGAUGAAAUUUGCCGAGAUGACCCAGGAGGUGCAAAUAGCUCGAGCCACUCCCAUUAAGCAAGAUUUGGGUCUAACUCCUGGUCGCCGCAAGGCCAACAAGCUGUUCAAAAUUGCUGUUAAUAACCUUAACGAGCUUGGCAUUCCUGAGGCCAAGGAUUUAGAAGUAGACGUUGGUUUAGUGUACAGUUUGGGGCCCGAUUUCCCCGCUUACGAAAUGGACAGUCCCGAGGCUGAGAUUAAGAUCCGCGAGCUAAUGCACUAUCUAGAACAGCGUAUCGAAAAGCGAAAGAAGCUACGCGCCAAUUUGGAUAUUAAGUGUGAUAGCUUUCGGCAAAUGCUGAUGAACCUUGACCGGGAUAAUCUUCAACUGCGCACAGAACUCGCCUCCUUGAAGGCUGUCUACAAACAAGAGCGCGAGCGCAGCGCAGCCCUAGAGAAGAAGGUGCGCAUUCACGAGAGUUCCAUCGACGUGCUGAACAACACGCUGAGCAAGCGGGAACGGCAGGUCGAAGAACUGACUUUCAAGCUAAACGAAAAGGAAAACAUGCUUACACAGAAAGAGCAUGAGAAGGAGAAGCAGAAGAAGAAAUUUAGCUCCAAGCUGGCCGUCGAGUCUGACAAAAACAAGCGCGAGUUUGAGUUAAAGUUGCGUGAGCAGCGUGCGAAAUUGCAGGAACGUAUGCGCAUCAAAGACGAAAAACUGCGAUUGGUGUCCAAUAUUCUGCAGUCAGAGGAUCUGCCGAGUCUGCCGCGAUCACAGAGCUCAGAAGACAUACUCAACGACAAGGAUCGUGGUGGAUAUACAGCGCGUACCGAAGAGUCAUCUGUGCCCGCUACACGAACAGAUAUCUAUGCCACGCCCCGUCAUGGUGCUGUAGCGGCUAACAACCGGCAUAGACGGUCCCGAUCCGCUGGCGACAAGUGGCUAGAACAUCGUGCCGCCAACCCCGUACCCCUUGGAACCAUUAUGCAACCGUACAUAAAGAAUCGCAAAUCAGUGACAAAACUAACCGAUAUGAAGGAACUAACUGCCCACGGAGCUACUAAGUACUGCCUCGUGUCACAGGAUGCGGAUACGGAUGGCGACGUGGAGACUAAGCUGUAUAAGGGCAACGUAAUUCCCACUUGUGGAGGUGGUGCACAAGUGGUUUUCAACGACGUGGAGUGUCUAAAACAAAAGUCGCCGGUUCACUCGCCCACACGAAAGCGUCCGAGCAAUGGAACAAUUUCCGCUUUGGGAGGCGGUGUAGUGCCCAGCACGGUCACCUCGGCCCAAGAUAUAGCCUCGCGCUGCAAUCUGGGAAUUGAGGGGCACAGUAGCAAGAAGUCGAAGGUCUAGAGGAGGACAAAACACGUUAAAUUCUUAAAGUCAAUUACCCAUUUAAUUAUAGUUAUUUAGUUUCACUAACUUAAAUUUAAGUUUACUUACCCAUUAUGGUUUUUGGAGUUGAAUCGCAUUGAAGUGAUUUGUUUGAUUAAAGAAGUUAAUCUGUAAAAAAAAUUCCGUAAAUGAAUUCGUAUUCCUCGCAAAUGAUAAUGUUUCCUUUAAAGAACGCUGAUACCCGGAGGAUAUCAGCGAAGAGUUGUAUUUGGAAACUGUCCAAGCAUUGUCAUUAUACAUACAUAAAGUAUUAAAUAUUUUGUUUUCUGGAGUAAUCUCCAUUCUGUCCAGUUAAAAAAUGAUCAAAUAAAGAUAAAUUAAGCAUA